GUGUUUAGUUCUUCGUUUCUUAAACGACGCAGGGGCAGCAGCAAGGCAAGUUGGCAGCUUGGCUUUCGAGCUGCUUUGUGUCUGCUGCUACAAGGAGGGAGUGUGAGUGGGGAGCAGCAUGGCAGAACAAGAAGCCAGUGGCUUGCAAGUCCUUCUUUCCACCCUCCAGAGCUCCUGUGACAAGGAUGUCAUCCUGAACAUUCUCAGUGUCCUCACUGACUUGCUGUCUUUGGGCACUGGACGGAGGAUUCACUACGUGGUCAGCAAAGGGGGCAGCGAGGCUCUGCUGCAGGCCCUGGCCACGGCUGCCCGGACAGAGCCGCCCGAGCACGGCCCCCUCCUGCCCCUGCUGCGCCUGCUGGCCAGGGUGGGACAACGAGAUAGGAAGUUUGGGCUUAAAGUGCAGAAGGCAGAAGCCACUGAUAUAAUACUGAGCUUGACAAGAAGACACCUGGGCCACCACCUGCACCUCACCCACUGCCUCUGGGUCCUGCGGGUUUGUGCUUCUAAUGUUACCACGGGAACUAUGCUUGGCAUCAAUGGAGCCAUGGAGCUGCUUUUCAAAGUCAUCACUCCCUACAGCAAGAGACACGUCAGGACGGUCAGGGCAGCCAUUGGGGCUCUGGCAGCUCUGCUGAAAUCAAAGUCAAACAGCCGCCGGGCAGUGAACAGAGGCUACCUGGGUGAACUGCUGAGGCUCUACCAAGACUGGCAUCGCAACGACGUCUCCAACAACUACAUUUACAUUCGUAGGGGUCUCCUGCUCUGCCUAAAGUACAUCACCAACAUCCAGCUGGGCAGGGAGACUUUCCUUGGGUCCCGGGGAAUGGAGAUUCUCUUCACAAGCGUGCAGGACUGUUUAUCUUGCAAAAAUCUGGAUCCUAUCAUAACUACUGCGAUUCAUAUUCUGAGAAAGUGCUACCCCAAGGAGCAUCUGCCUGUGGUGACUGUAAGAAGUUCCUAUUCCUUCCCUCUUCCAGGGAAUGCCAGUGCUGAACCUCCAUGUGAGGGAUCUGAAGAUGACAGUGAAAGUGAAGGAGAGGAAGAGGCUGAAAAAGACUGGGAUAAUGAGGAUGUGGAGAGUAAAGAGGAAGACUGUGACUUGGAGACAGAUGUGAAUAAAUUGAGGUCAAGGCCAGUGCUUGACCGGCCAGAACAAGAGCUUGAAAAAUAUGAAGCUCUGUGUGCAGAACUUUUCCAGAAUUUUCAGGAGCUUGAAUUUGAGUCUGAGGAAAAGAAGAGCUUGGAGGACAGGACUGAGAGUCUUCCCUCUGCUCCCUCUCAUUUCAUUCCAAGUGAUACUUCUGUGAAGCAUCCAAACUGCAGAUGGAGAAACCAAAGUGUCACAGAGAUGGGACCAGAUCCAGGAGAGCAGGAUUUCAAAGUCCCAUUGCAGAGCUGGAGAAAGAAGGAGGAAUGCAUAUGGGAUAAGAAUGAUGAAAACAGAGACAUUGCUGAAAAAACCCAGGAUAAGGACUUCUGUGAGGAGGCAGAUCCAGCCAGGAGUCAUGUGUUUGCUUUGUGCUCUCUCCUAAAAGAUGCUGCUUGGUACAAAAAAGUAUUUUACCCUCAUUGUGAGGCCUUGAUCAACCCUGGUCCUGAAGGGAGGCUGGAGAGCUCAGAUAUAGUUAGAAAUCUUCUGGAGAAACACCGAGGGGAUAUUCCAUUCCACAGCCCUUGUUUCUAUGCAGCCAGGGCCAGAUGUGUGAAGUCCAUCCCAGGCUACAGAGAGCUGGCAUUCCCGGAUUUCUGGGGUCACCAGCCACCUCCUUACAGCAAGCCCGUGCUGGAGCGCAAGCAUGGGGUCCAAAGAGACAAAGUCCUUGAUGAUGUUCGCCGCCUAAUCCAGCCGGGAGAUGUGAUAGGAAGAACUGUGUUUGAUUUAGAUGAUCCCAGCAGUCUCUCAAGCCCAGCUGCUCCAGGCUGUCUGACAUUUUUCUCCCAGUUUGAGUCAGGAAACCUUCGGAAGGCAAUCCAAGUGCGUGAGUUUGAGUAUGACCUAAUUCUGAAUGCAGAUGUGAACAGCAGCCAGCACCACCAGUGGUUCUACUUCGAGGUCCGUGACGUGAAGUCGGCGGUUCCCUAUCGCUUCAACAUCAUCAACUGUGAGAAGCUCAACAGCCAGUUUAAUUAUGGCAUGCAGCUGGUCAUGUACUCAGUGAGGGAAGCUCUGCAGGGCAGACCUCGCUGGACUCGGGCAGGCCAGGAGAUUUGCUACUACAAAAACCACUACCGCUGCAGGAGUGCAGCUGCAGGAGGAGGCGUCAGGGGGAGGUUCUACUACACCCUCACCUUCAGCAUCAAGUUCCCUCACAAAGAUGAUGUCUGCUACCUGGCCUACCACUACCCCUACACCUACUCCACAAUGAUGUCCCAUCUUGAUAUCCUGGAACAAAAUAGGAACCCUAAGAAGGUUUACUGGAGGCAGCAGGCACUCUGCCAGACUCUAGGAGGAAAUCCAUGCCCACUGCUCACAAUCACUGCCAUGCCUGAGUCUAAAAACAGAGAUGACCUGGAGCAGUUCUGCAGCCGUCCUUACGUGUUCCUCACAGCCCGUGUUCACCCUGGGGAGAGCAAUGCCAGCUGGGUGAUGAAGGGCACCCUGGAGUUCCUGGUGAGCUGCGAUCCCAUUGCUGAGCUCCUGAGGAAAUGUUUCAUCUUCAAGAUUGUGCCCAUGCUUAAUCCUGAUGGAGUCAUCAAUGGCAACCUUCGCUGCUCACUGAGUGGAGAUGACCUCAACAGGCAGUGGCUGACCCCCAGUUCCCAGCUGCAUCCAACAAUUUACCAUGCCAAAGGUCUCCUCUAUUACCUGCGCAGCAUUGGCCGGGCUCCUCUGGUCUUCUGUGACUACCAUGGGCACUCCCAGAAAAAGAAUGUGUUUCUCUAUGGCUGCAGCAUCAAAGAGACCUUGUGGCAAGCAGGCUGCAUGGUUGACACAGCAGUUGUCACAGAAGAUGUUGGCUACAGGACUCUUCCCAAAAUCCUGGAUAAAGUGGCCCCUGCAUUUGUCAUGAACAGCUGCAGCUUCCUGGUGGAGAAGUCCCGGGCGUCGACGGCCCGUGUGGUGGUGUGGAAGGAAAUGGGGGUGCUGAGGAGCUACACCAUGGAAAGCACCUACUGCAGCUGCAGCCACGGGCUCUACAGAGGCCUGCAGCUGGGAACGCAGGAGCUGGAGGAGAUGGGAAGCAAAUUUUGCCUUGGUUUGCUGAUUCUGCACCUCAAAUCCCUGCCCUGCAGCAAGGAGCUGAUGGCUCAGGCAGCACUCCUGCUGGAUCUGGAGGAGGAGAUCACAGACCGGGCACAAAGAAGGUGCAGUAACAGCAGCCUGGAGUCUGAUGAUGAACCUCCUUGUGCAGAAGAGAUUGAUUAUGACACUGCCAGUAGCUCUGAUGGUGAAGAGGAAUUCUUGGAGCUAGACCAAGAGAUCCAGGAGUGCCUCUCGUGUGUGGAAGGCGAGACAGAAGAUGAAGGAGUGACCACAGGACAGACAUGCAGCUCCAGAGCUCUGAGGGAGCUCUACAUUUCCAGCCAGCCAGCACCCAACAGCACAGCUCUUCCUCUGGGUUCAUCAGCACUGGGGCUGUGCCAUGGGUUUGAGAGCAGUCCUGUGUGAGCAAGGCUGCGACCUGCAGAGCUGCAAGAAAAUGGGUCGCUGCUCAUGUUUGCCUGUUUGCCAGCUUCAGCACCCUUCCUAGAUGUGUUGCUCCUGGUUCUGAAAGGAGAGUUGACUGUAUGUUUGUGUAAUUUGUAUACACACAUCUGCUGAGAACAACUCCUUAACUUUGUACCUGAGGCAGAGCAAUGGGUCACUAGCCCAGGUGGUACCAUGUGAGAUCAUCCAUUCCUAAACACAAUCUCCGGUUUCAUGGCUGCCUCUAGUAUAUGGUUUCAUACAGAUUGACCUAAGGAACAGUUUUUGAGACCAAGGAAUAAGAGAUGAUUCUCUUUUUCUGACUUUAGGCAGCCUUUGCCUGGAGAAGUGACAGUUAUUGAUGCCUUUCACCAGAGCUCUCUGUUGCCAUUCUCUCUUGAGCUGUAGAGCAUGUCUCUGAUUUCUGUCUGAUCAGAAUUUUUACAGUGCAUUCAACAGGUUGGGUCAGGCUGUGCAUAUUUCUGAGAUGGCUGUAUCUCAGCAACAGCAUGGGAAAUCCAAUGUGCCACAGUAAGGAAAGCAGCAGUGACAAUUCCUAUAGAUCCUCUGGAAACUUAAGGUAAAUUCACCAAUAGAUUAGUGAUGGUGGCAAAACCCAGGAGUGAAUUUAGCCCAAGCAUCAAUUAGAACAGUUUCUUUAAUCCCCAAAUGGAGAAAAAUUAGAGAUUUCUCUUAAAAUUGCCUCCCAGUUCCUGAGAAUCCAGCACAGACAGA